AUGACGGGUGAGGAAGAGAGUGGCGGAAAGGACGGUUGUCGGAUACAGCGAGACAGUUGUAAAUCCAACUAUGAGCCCACGUUUUUUUGCUUUGCUUUUAUAAGUUUAACAGCAAAACGGAAGAAACAAAUAUGGCGUAUAGAAACUGUUGUCUUUGGUGUUCCUUUCGAUGGUGCUUUCGUUGAUGGUGUUGUUGAUGGCAUCGAUGUUUGCGUUGGUGGUUGUGGCGGUGGUGGUUGUGGUGAUGGUGGUAAUAGUAAUAUCGUUGUUUUUGCUUUUGUAACGUUAAGACAUCUUGAGAAACGGGUGAAGGAGGAGGCGGGAGAGAGGGAGGAGUAUGAUAGAGGAAAGAGUGAAAAAGAGGUUAGGUGUGGGGUAGUGUAUUGA